GCUUCAAUUUAGCUGUCUGGGAACUCUCGACGGUGCCAGCGUCUCUCUUCGCAACACUAGCGGAGUGGGCAACUCGAGUGUGAGCUCGCAGGUGUGCUCUUUUCUCCCACAUACAUGUCUCUCAAAAUGCUUUAUUGCGAAACAACAUCUUCAAUGAGAAUCUCUGUAUUGCACGACUAGGAGCUUGCUUGGACUUCAUUUUACGUACCCGACCUGCAUUUGCUCGCACGCCCUUGUCACACUGCGCCAUAGAGUUAAAGACCACUUGCCGAAUUGCCCUUGUUCUUGCUAUUGUGUCGAGCAUCAAAGAUGUCGACCCCAAUGCGCCACGGCCCCUCUCAGCAGGGUCGCACCCCGUCCCAACAUCCAGCCGCCGCGCCGACGCCCCAAGCAUCGACUCCCUUCUCGACCUCGCAAGCCGCCGCCGCCGCUCUAUCUCCUCACGGGCCUCGUUCCUCGCCGCAGCAACUUAAGAAGUCUCCUGCAGCAGCUACCCUUCCGUCUGGAGCCAUGUCUAGUCAGUCUGGAAACCCGCCUCUCAACUUCGAUAGCCCCUCUGCUGCUGCGGCGCUUGGCGGCCUAGGCCUCGACAUCAAUCUCGAUUCUCUGGGCGUUGGUGGUCUGGUGGGAGGGGGCAACCGAUCAGAUGAAGAUGAUAGGAAGAAACGUAUGGAUGCUGUAAUUACAGCUCUCUGGAAUUUCGAUACUGCACGAGUCAGCAAUGAUGGGCUCGAGAGAUUGGCUGUUUACCUGGGACUAGAGUGCCUUUGGGAGACCGCCGGGACUGGUUCAGAGAAUGACAAAGUAUUGAUCAUAGCAGGUCGAACUAUGGGCAUUGAAGUACAUAUAAAAAACCACGUUGUUUAUCAUGCUUCGCUGACUUUUAACGAACCGUCACCAAUGCUUGACAAACACGUUGAGAAAGCUUCGGCAAUACUCUUCAAAGACUUGGCACUCGGGCCUGGCGAGAGCCAGCUUACCAAGAAAUUGUCCAAGUUCAGGAUCAACUUAGAACGCUUGGCAACAUUGGAUAGGUUGAGUAUCAUACCAGGUCUAAACUGUCACGAGGCUGUCGCCGGAAUGUGGGAGAGUUUGGAGAAGCUGCAUAGGUGGGAUGUGGAGAGGCUACGUGAAGAUCCGGGCCUGAGUGAUAAAUCCGAAGACAACCUGCGGGUUUGGGCUCUCUGUAGUCGACAUGGUUGUCCGCUUGUGCAUACAAAAGGGCAGGUUGGUCUUACCUUUGCCUAUUGGAAGCAAUAUCGCCAAUUCCCGUGGAACACAGUAGAACACGAAACAGGAAAGACUUGGGGAAUACUCAUUGAUUGUGCACCCGCAAAUAGCAUGGUCUACACCCCGGUGCGCGUUUCGGACAAAUGGAUUGGUCCCAACAUUGUGAAAGCAAACCCGACAGAUGACGAGGUUAUGUCAACCCCAGGGCCAAUAUUAGACUGGUUGGAGCCGCCUAACACAUUACUCCCAAACACCGAAGAGAACAAGCCAGAAGGAGAAUUAGAUGCUGCAGCGCUUUCAAUACCCAAGCCCGUCGAAAUUACCUUCAUGGCAACGUUUGAUCCUCCAGUUGUUGUCACGCACGGAGUAGCGAUGGAGAUUUAUAAGAUAUCUGCGUUUAACGCCCCUUUGUCUGGCAGCACAUUCGAUAAUCUCCUAUUCCCUGUUAAGGAGGGUGCCAACUACGACCCUAGCGAGCCUCGUAUUAUGACAGUCACGCAGACGGUACCUGUGUGGACGGAUAGGAGCAAGCUCAGAUCAGAACCACCUAUCCUCAAAGCCCACAGAAAUACUUUGGUAGUUGAUAAGCCAGUAUAUGGCCAAGUCCUCACUCACGUACCAAUAUCUCACCCGAAAGAAUUAGUUGCAAUGCUGCCUCUAUUGCGACAAUACGCGUUCCUAUCCUUAUUACUUUCAAAUUGUUUCAAGCCGCGCGAUGACUUGCCUAGUUUCCCGGAGCCGAAUACGUCCGCUACAUACAGUAAAACCUCUUCGAGUAUACGCACGACGAACCGCGAUCUCGGAGACCUCAUGUCUAGGACCAAGGAUGAUAACUCUCCUCAGAGUCUGAAGAUCGAUGUAGUACUUUCUGCACACCCGAUUCCCCGACUUCAAGUAGUAUUUCCCUUCAGGGACGCGACGGCUAUGAUCAAUGUUGAGAUUCAGCUCAAUGGGAAAAUUCACAUUGUAUCUGAUAAUAUUUUCUCGGAGAUCGAAAGCGAAGUUCCUCAGGCCAAAGGAAAGCACGUACCUCUCGACAGGAAGAUACUUGCCGAGAAACUUGAAGUCUGUGAGGAUAUCGAUAAGUGGGUUGAGUUCAUUAAACUCCGGUUGGAAUGAUGAUUGGAUGACCGAAGUGGAUGACCGAAGUGGAUGACUUUCUUGAACUAUGCUUCUUGGAGUUGGUUAGUACUGAUACCACUUGGCUUGACGGCGCUUAUGGGAACAAAAAUUAGACAUGGUUUACGAAUUAGCUUGAUGUGGUUUGUGAGUGAAUGGGCCAAGAUGCCGCUUACAGCGUGAAAUCGGCAGUGCAAACUUGUGCGAGAGACUUGAAACCAUGAUCCUACGGUUUAGUUACAAUGCUGUGAAGAUAGAAAGUUCACGACAAGCUGAACUGCAGGCUGGAAGGGAAACCUACCAAACAAUCAAUUAGAUUGACACCGAUUUCAGGCGCUUCGAUCAAGGCUCAAAUACCUUUGAGGCUUUAUAAACAGGAUCAUCACUUGCACAAGCAGAAGUAGCGGA